AUGGAACGGCCACCUAAAAGGGCACGGGCCUCACCAGAUUCGGCGGAUGAGGAUACCAGGGGCCGGCCGAGCAAGAUCUAUACGCCCUUGAAAUCGCUCGAUACGUCCAUCUCUCCACCACCUCGGACGCGAUCUCAACCGUCCCAAGGGCCAGAUGCGUGCCCUGAACUUGCUAGUUGUCAAUCGGAAACUCCGAAUAACACUAAAACUGGGGAGUCUACGAGAUCACCCCGUCUGGUUCCCUCUCCUAUCCAGCUCACACAUAUCAGAGACUUCCAUGACUCUGAAGGUUGCAAUGUUGAUGCUGUUCGGCUUCGGGAUAUCCUUGGAGACCCAAUGAUUCGCGAGUGUUGGCAGUUCAAUUACCUUUUUGAUGUGGAUUUCCUGAUGCAUCAGUUCGAUGAGGAUGUACGAAACCUAGUCAAGGUCCGAGUCGUCCAUGGCUCUUGGGAAAAGGAGGCUCCUAAUCGAAUUCGAGUCGAUGAGGCGUGCUCUCGUUAUUCCAAUGUUGAGCCUGUGAUAGCUUAUAUGCCGGAAAGAUUUGGAACACAUCAUUCGAAGAUGAUGAUUCUCCUCCGGCAUGAUGAUUUAGCUCAAAUUGUCAUUCAUACCGCGAAUAUGAUUCCGGGGGACUGGGCACAUAUGACCCAGGCGGCAUGGCGCUCUCCGUUACUCCCCCUGAAGAAGCCAGGGGCUCCAGCCACGCCACAGAAAAACUCGAGUAUUGGCAGCGGUGCGCGUUUCAAAAGAGAUAUACUCGCAUAUCUGAAAGCAUACGGGCCGAAGAAAACUGGCCCACUGGUCCAGCAACUAGAAAAUUAUGACUUCGGAACUAUUCGUGCAGCCCUGGUGGCAAGUGUUCCCUCGAAACAGCGGUUCAGCAGUUUGGAUUCAGAGAAAUCCACAAUCUGGGGCUGGCCAGCCCUGAAAGACCUUAUGGGGCGCGUUCCCAUACUUCAGCAAAUAAAGUAUGGGAAAAGCCAGUCUACAAAGCCUCAUAUUGUCACACAGAUCUCCUCCGUGGCCUCCCUUGGCCAGACAGACAAAUGGCUAAAGGACGUUUUCUUCAAAGCCCUUGCCCCAACGAAGGCAACUCCUCGAUACUCUAUUAUUUUCCCAACGACAGAAGAGAUCCGCCGUUCUCUCAAUGGGUACGCCUCCGGGGGUUCAAUCCACAUGAAAACCCAAAGCGCACCCCAGCAAAAACAGCUGCAGUACAUGCGCCCCUAUCUCUGUCAGUGGGCUGGUGGCGACCACUCCAAUUCAAACUUGAUAGAUCUUUCCGAGGACAAGCCCUUCAAGCAAGAGGCUGGACGUGGCCGCGCCGCACCUCAUAUCAAAACUUACAUUCGAUUCUCGGACGCAGAAACCAUGGACACCAUUGACUGGGCAAUGAUCACAUCCGCAAAUUUAUCUACGCAAGCAUGGGGUGCAGCCACUAAUGCGAAUGAUGAAGUUAGGAUCUCGAGCUUUGAGAUUGGAGUUGUUGUGUGGCCUGAUCUUUUUGCCGAUGACACUGUUGCCCAAAGCAGCACCUCUGAGGCGGAAAGGCAAUCCGCCGUGAUGGUACCUUGUUUCAAACAAGAUCUACCCCUCUCUCCUACGAAAAAUCUAGCCGAUACCGUGGUCGGCUUCCGCAUGCCCUACGAUCUGCCUCUGACGCCGUACCGUGCAUCCGACGAACCAUGGUGUGCAACUGCACCGCAUCAUCUCCCCGACUGGCUCGGACAGAGCUGGAUAGUGUGA